UACACACACACACAUACACACAUAGAUGCUUCUCUUCUAUAUUGUACAUACAUAAAGAGAUCUCAGUAACACACAUCUACAACGAAAAUAACACAUGCCAGGAGUUAUACGUUCGUUGUAAUCUACUUUGAGAAAGCAACUGAUGCGUAUUAGAUUAUAUACAUAAACACACAUACAUAUCCCUAAACACAUAUAUACAUGUAUAUAUACACACACAUAAACGUGGAUUUAUUUCGUUAGCAACCACACAUUUGAUUAAACGUUAACUAAACGCACCUGCAACUCAACAAAUAGCACGCGUUCACAUCACUCUUCUCUCUCCGUACAUCUAGACAUUUAUAUAUAUAAUAUAUAUAAUAUAUAACCACUCAUGUAUACACUAACGAAUCGAUACUAGCAGUGAUAUUUAGUGUGUCAAAGUUCAUUUGGAUUUCUUCUUCUGUGCAUUUAUCGUUUAUUUAACCAGAGAGCCUUAAACAUACGUGGGAAAUUUCUUUCAUACUUAUUAUAUACACCGUACAUAUAUAAUAUAUAUAUAUGUAUGUAUAUAUAUUAUACACGAGGUUUAUCUCAUCUACGAAAAUAGGAAAUACAUUUCGUACAAGCUACAAGAAUUAAUUAGUCAAAGCUGUGGUUUAUUUCUUAUCAAUCAAUAUGCCUAAAGGAAGCAGUGUUGCUGGUGUACCACUGUUUGAAUUUGCCCUCUACCAUUCCUACGUCAUAUUUACAACCAACUGAUCUCUUGGGUUAAUGGAGAUGAUUUUACAAAGAUCAACAAUGACAACAACAACAACAACAACAACACUACCAGCACCACCACCACCACCACCAGGCACAACAGCUUUAACAACAACAACAAAAACAAGAUCCACAACAAGAAUGGGAACAAUUGUUUACCAAUAAUAAUAGAAAUAAUUACACUAUUGACAUCUCAUCAUCAGUUCGUCCAAUUCCAAUCCGGAAGCAGAACCCAUAUCAGAAAGCACACGCUGGAACGCAAAAUAUGGCCAGUUUAUUCCGUCGAAGACGUAGCCUUAUAUUUAAGGUUAUUAUUGGCAUCCCAACUCUGUGGUUUUUCAUGGUUUUCUUGUUGGCGUAUCACGAUAAUCUGUUUUUUGCAUUUCGAGAGGAUUCAAACAACAUUGCCAUCAUGCGGAAAGGUGAUGACUCGCGAAAUAAUGAAAACAACAACAACAUUAACAAAUACAGGGGAAAUAAUCGGAACGAUGAAGCCAAUCAGGGUGCCUUGUUAAUCCAUCCUCCCCUACAAAACAACAUCAAUAAUAAUAAUAACAAUAACAAUAAUAAUAAUAAUAAUAAUAAUAUUGAUAAUAAAGAUUUUCACAACAACGUUUUUAAAAUUGAUGAUAAAGACUCUGAUUCACAUCAUCGAAAACAACAAGACUCUAAUUUCAAUAAUAAUAAUAAUAAUAUUAAUAAUAUUAAUAAUAAUAUUGACAAUUUUAAAAUUAAAAAUGCUAAAAAUAAUAAUGACAAUAUUGAAAAUAAAGUAAAAAUAGAGAAACCAGUGGAUAAUUCUCUAAAAUUUAACCCCGAUGUGGUCAUACCUGUUAACCCAAACGCUCCUGGGGAAAAUGGUCGGGCUGUUGUAAUUAACAAAGAUAAAUUAUCUGCUGAAGAGAGAAAGAUAUAUGAUGAAGGUUGGCAACAUAAUGCUUUUAACCAAUAUGCAAGUGAUAAGAUCUCUUUACAUCGAACUCUCCCUGAUGUCCGAGAUGAAGAAUGUAAAUCUAUAAAAUAUAAAGAAAAUUUACCAGACACAAGUGUGAUAGUGUGUUUCCACAACGAAGCCUGGACGGUUUUAUUGCGGACAGUACACAGCAUUCUCAAUCGGUCACCGCCACACUUAUUAAAGGAGAUCAUUUUAGUUGAUGAUUAUUCAGAUAUGCCACACUUAACAAAGCCAUUGACUGAUUACGUAGAAAAACUUGGAAAAGUAAAAGUGGUACGAACAAAACAGAGAGAAGGGCUAAUCCGGGCCCGUUUGUUGGGUUACUCAGUAGCAACAGGGACAGUCCUUACAUACUUAGAUUCACAUUGCGAAUGUACCCGAGGCUGGCUGGAGCCUAUUCUUGAUCGAAUCGCUACUGACAAGCGCUAUGUUGUGACUCCAGUGAUUGACCAGAUCGAUGACAGUACACUACACUUUGUCACUUCAGUAGGAAGUGCCAUACAAAUAGGCCGUUUUGACUGGAAUUUGAUAUUCAACUGGAUGGUUCCAUCGAAAUUCUAUAGAAACAUGUCUGACAUAGCGGCACCAAUUAGAUCUCCUACCAUGGCAGGUGGCCUAUUUGCUAUUAGUCGUGCCUAUUUCACAGAGCUUGGAACGUAUGAUGCUGGAAUGGAUAUUUGGGGUGGUGAGAACCUAGAACUUUCAUUUAGGAUAUGGAUGUGUGGUGGUACUUUAGAAAUAAUCCCCUGUUCACAUGUAGGCCAUAUAUUCCGAAAAAGAAGCCCAUACAAGUGGCGUACAGGUGUAAAUGUUGUAAAAAAGAAUUCAGUACGAUUAGCAGAAGUAUGGAUGGAUGAAUAUAAAAAUUAUUAUUAUGAACGUUUUAAUUAUGAUUUGGGAGAUUUUGGUGAUGUCACAGACAGGAAAAAAUUACGUGAACGUUUAAAAUGUCAUUCAUUCGACUGGUAUAUAAAGAAUGUAUAUCCCGAUCUUUUUAUACCUGGAGAAGCAUUAGCAUCAGGAGAGAUCCGAAAUAAACAGAAAGCCAUGUGUGUUGAUGCCUCUGUGGAUCAUCAAAACAUGCACAAACCAGUUAUUAUGUGGCCGUGCCAUAAUCAGGGAGGAAACCAGUACUGGAUGCUAAGUAAAAAUGAUGAAAUUCGGCGUGAUGAUGGCUGUUUAGAUUACUCAGGAGGUGAAAAUGUUAUAAUAUACCCAUGCCACAGUCAACACGGGAACCAAGAGUGGCAGUAUCGAGAAGAUCGAACAAUUUUACAUGUGAACACACUGAAAUGCAUGGAAAUAUCACUGGAUGGGAAAACGCUGCUAAUGAAUCCAUGCACAGGCAUUGAUCGACAAAUUUGGUUCUGGAAGAGGAAAGCAGUGAGUGCGGGUUCAAACCGUGACCAUUUGUGACAACUUCAAAAUAA